AUGGAUGUCCAAGAAGAACCUCGGUAUACAAAAUCUACUCUAUUAAGAACUUCUGGAGAGCGACCUUGUCCUAACCGCCGCUUGCUGCGCGUUAACACCGACCAUUUUGCUGACAUUCUUUUGUCAAUUGCGUCAUGCAUCCAAAAACUUGACACUGAAGUGCGUCCAGCCAUCCCAGCCAAAGACAAACUUCAACUGACGCUGCGGUUUCUUGCCUCGGGGGAAAGUCAACAUUCUUUAAGCAGGCAGUUCUGCAUUAGCUACAGCGCCGUCAACGUGUUCCUUGUUGAAACUUGCGACACCAUUUACAAGAUGCUGGGACCAAAAUAUCUGGUGUCCCCGCGGACAAAAGACGAGUGGCUGGCAGUAAUGAAGAACUUUUACGAAAGAUGGCAAUUUCCGCAAUGUAUUGGAGCGCUGGACGGAAAACAUGUCACAAUUAUCAAACCUCUAAACUCUGGAUCUGUGUAUUUUAAUUACAAGAAGACCUUCAGUAUCGUGCUUUUUGCUCUUGUAGACGCAGACAGCAGGUUUUUGUACAUUGAUGUCGGCGCACCUGGGUCUGAUAGAGAUGAAGGCAUUUGA